AUGGCUUACGGCGCCUACUCGAGCACCAAUGCCGUCUCGGUGCCUGGCAGGAUCAAGUGCAACCGUUGCAAUGAGGUUAAGGGCUCGACUGCUUUCUCCAAUAAGCAGCGUGGGGAUCUCGCCGACCACAUGAGGUCGAACCCGAGAUUCAACGCUAUCAACCAGGCUAUCAUCUCCUGCAUUCCCUGCACUGGCCGUCAAGUCACCGAGUUGCACUGCUACUAUUGCGACAUGGACAAGGGGCUGGACAAGUUCUCGAAGGCGCAACGUAAAACGCCCGAUCACGCAAUUUGCUGGAAGUGCGCUGAGGAGAAGGCAAACUACGAGCCAGGCGCAGAGGAGGGUGAUGAGAGCUCUGGAGGUGGCUCGAACGACUCGGACGAUGAGAGCGACGACGAUGACUUCACCCUUCCAGCAGAGAGUGUCACCAACUCCCAUAAUGGCACCAUUCGCGGCACCUACUCUUCGCGUGCAGGCGUCUCUCUGCCCAGCAACGCCGGCUCUACCAACAUCGGCACCAGCACGGCUGGCAACUCGAAGGCUUCGAGCUCCAUUUUGCGCUCUACCACCAACAGCAACGCGACAUCUUCUGGUGGUGGCAAGUUCGCAAAGGUCAAGGCCGUUCCUCGCAAGAUUGUCUAUGACAAGGCUACCGAGGAGCGCAACGAGGCGAGCGAUGUCGAUAGCGAUGCGUACUGCAUCUCUGACAGCGACUAA